AUGUCGUCGGGCGAGGACGAUGAGGUGGAUUUGAGCGCGCUGGCGACGAUUUCGGAGACGUGUCGCGAGUUUCGACGGUUGCACGAGGCGAGCGAUCGAGCGAUGGCGGUGAUUCCGCGGUGGUACGCGCUGUGCGUGAACGAUGCGGCGGUGGAGCUCGGAGAAGCGGCGACGGCGGCGACGCGAGCGGCGCCGAGCGCGCGACUGGACGCGUUUCUCGAGCGCGGGUUCGCGCACGAGAGCGAGAAGGCGCGCGCGCCGGAGAAGCUGACGAGCGCGAUCGAGGACGUUGGAAGGUGCGUGGCGUUCAUGGGCGAUGCGGUAACGCGCGCGAACGAGGCGCUGGGAGAGUUUGUGGAGGCGACGUCGGGGAGGCGGCCGAGCGACGACGGCGACGCGCGUUGGAUCGCCGACGUUCCGGUGCCGGUGAUGCGCACCGCGUUCAAAUGGGGCUCGGAGGAGGAGUACACCAUCGAGCAGUGGCUUUGGAUGGCGACAUCCGUCGUUGAGCAGCUUGAGCGUGAGUUAGAGACGCGGCGUAAGAUUUUAGAUUACGUGCGCGGCGGCGUCGCGAGCGCUCGAGCCGAGGAAUUGGACGGAUGCGUCGCCCUCUGGAGCGCGCAGCCGUUCGUAGACGAUAGAUUGUUCGCCAUCGUGUGCGGUGAUUCCGCGGACGCGGACGCCGCCGCGGCAUCGUAG